AGUCUCUGCUCAAGGGUCAAGACUAGAGUAAACAUGGCUAAACUGAUCAUCCCCUUGCUUCUUCUCUUCCUUCUCUUUGUCUUCUCGCCAUCAAAUGCUGUCUCUUAUAAUCUCGUCAGCUUCGGCGCCAGGCCGGACGGCAGAGCUGAUGCGACAAAACCAUUCCUUAGGGCAUGGGCUUCAGCGUGCCAAUCAGUCAGGCCUUCAACAAUCCAUGUGCCUCGUGGAAGGUACUUGAUGAAACCAGCAGUCUUCAGAGGUCCAUGCAAGAGCAGAAUUCUUAUAAAAAUUGAUGGAACAAUCCUUGCUCCGAACAAUUAUUACGCCAUUGGCAAUGCAGGAAAUUGGCUUUUGUUCGUUCAGGUGACCGGGUUGUCUGUCCUUGGGGGGACUCUUGAUGCGCGAGGAGCUGGUUUCUGGGCUUGCAGGAAUGCUGGCAGGAACUGCCCAGCCGGAGCAAGGACGAUAACCUUCAAUUACGCGAACAACAUCUUGAUCAGCGGCUUAACAUCGAUCAACAGCCAGACUACUCAUGUUGUAGUAAACAGAUGCAACAACGUAAUGGUGCAAAAGGUGCAGAUCUUGGCGCCUGACCAGAGCCCCAAUACGGACGGCAUACAUGUACAGUUUUCGACUGGUGUCACCAUCAGAAGCUCCGGCAUUAGGACCGGUGAUGACUGUAUCUCCAUUGGUCCAGGCACCUCAAACCUGUGGAUUGAUCACAUAGCAUGCGGUCCUGGACAUGGCAUCAGCAUUGGGAGCCUAGGAAAGGAUCUGAGAGAAUCGGGAGUACAGAAUGUGACCGUGAAAAAUGCUGUUUUCACCGGAACUGAUAAUGGUGUGAGGAUAAAGACGUGGGCGAGGCCGAGCUCCGGCUACGUGAGAGGUGUUCUCUAUGAAAACAUUAUUAUGAAAGAUGUGAAAAAUCCGAUCAUUAUUGAUCAGAGAUAUUGCCCAGACAACCAAGGCUGCUCCAGACAG